CCAUCAUCUGAUCCGACGCCCGCCGUGCUUGUUUCUCUCGCAUUGUUCUUGCGUCGCUCUUGCGUCGCUGUCGACGUAUAAAUACUACCCCGCGCUGCCUGCGACUCGCCUGCCAUGUCCAAUAUCCACUACAUCUAUCCCGAUUCUGUUCCUCCUUCAUCCACCCCCACUCCCCUGUCCUAUAGCACCGUAACCAUGAUCUCUUCUCCCCUCACCGGUCUGCCAAAGACCACCAUCUCGGACCAGAUCCCUUCCGACGAGAAAGAUCUCUUGAACACGCUCCACAAGUUCCGGCACUCGCUGAACAAGUGGAAGCGCGAGAGCCACAAUAACGUCACCCUCGCCGACAUCAACCACCACUGCGUCGAGCUCGGCAAGAUGAUGCAGUGUCUGCGGGAGGUGCGAGAAAAGCGUGGCGGUCUGCCCGGCGACCCCAACAGACUCGACGUCGUCCUCGACUCGGUCUGGGGAACCCUCUUCAACCUCUGGGGCAAGGUCGCCUCGGUCGACGAGAAGCUCUAUCCCACCUACACCCAUCUGAUUGCCAUCUCGCGCAAGCUCGACGAGUACAAGCGAACAGGCGCUUUCACCAUCGAGGACGUUACGGCGUACCAGCUGCGCGUCGCCCAGAUCGAGAACAAAAAUGUCAUUGACGGCAAGUUCAUCAGCCCCCGAGCGGCUGCCGACCCCGAUACGCCCAGCCCGCCGGUUGUCCUUGGCGGCCAGGCUGUGCUCAUGGGUCUUCUCAACCGCAUCCACCGCACCCUGGAGUAUCUGCUGGGCAUUGCCGACUCGGUUGCUCCCGAAAUGCAAACCAUCUAUGCAAAGCUCAUGGAAACCUCCAAGACUCUGCAAAAGUACGAGCACUCCAAGACCUACACCCUGGACAGCCUAUACCCCAUCCAAACCAACCUCACCGAAAUCGACAGCCUGCGCGUCAAUGGCUCGUUUGUGCUGAAGGACGGCUCGAUCCCCGCCGGCCAGGCGGCCCUGAUCGGCCUGCUGGACUCGUGCUUCGAGACCCUGCACCGUCUUGUUUCGUCCAAGGACGAAGUCACUGGCCCGCUGCGCCCGCUGUACGAGGAGCUCUCCAAGAUCCACGCCGAUCUGGAAUCGGUCCUUGUGUCGGACCGACGAUGGGAGGUCACUGCUGCCGACCUCGAGCCCAUGCAGGCCCGUCUCGUCGAGAUCGAUCGCUCCAGCGUCAACGGCAUCUUUUAUGGCGAGUCCACGGGCGAGAUCCCCGCCGGCCAGGCCGUCAUCCACUACUUGCUCCACCAGUGCUUCAAUCUCAUCCAUGCCAUGCUCUCGGACGCCACGCCGGUCUCCGAUGCACUCUCUGGCAUAUAUGAGCUGCUGGUGACCUGCCGCGACCGCCUGCGGGAAUCCAGAAAGAUCUUUGUCCGCCAGCAGAAGCUCGAUGAAAUCCAGCCCGAACUGGACGCCAUCGCCGGCAUCCUCAAGACACUGGAAGACUCCAAGCGCAACGGUGUCUUUUACGGCACCGAGUUCCUCAGCGCAGACACGGAGAUGUUCCAGGAAGACUCGAGCUAUCCGGCCUCGAUGGAGAUUCCCGAAGGCCAGGCCAUCCUCUCUUCGCUGCUGAGCGAAUGCUACGAACGACUGCGCGAGCUCCGUGUCGUUCUGCUCUGGAACAGCACCACGGAUGCCCCGCCUGUCGCCUCUGAGAUCUGAUGAUUCUCUGCGACCUUUUUCUUCCUUUCCUUUCACUACUGUUAUGAUGAUUUUUUGGCCCCAGCUGCAUCCUUCUGAUCGCUUUCAGUCAGCCCCUGGCACGUUUGAAUCUUUGCUCCGCGAUUCGCACGGCGCUGUGCCUACUGGGCGUCUGCCCGAGCGCAUCAUUUGAGGAUAGCUUCUGUUCGAAUACACCCACUGUACAGAUCCUCCAGAA